GUUGCCAGGACAACAUGUCUGAUUCUGCGGCUGCUGCGGUAGCUCUUGUGAUAGUCUGCUGCAGUUCUGUCUGCGGCUUCAAUUACGCAGCUCAAGAUCGACCAGAGGAGGUCCAUGAGGAAAGCUUUCAUCAUGUCAUCGAGCAGAGUGUUGGAGGAUUGUCGCCAAAAGAGAUGAUAAAAGGAUUCAUUCCUGACCUGUCUCUUGGACACCAAUACAUGGAACAUGAAAUGGAAUCAUACGAGGGGCAACAGUCGGAUUUGCCUCACGAGAUACAAGCUGAUCCUCAUUAUGUCAGUGGUACUUUUGGGCAGAGCUGGACAAAACUGAAAUCCAUGAAGCAGUUCACUAUGGGAUCCUGCUCCACAAGACUGGUGACACCCAUGAAUUCAGCCUUGAAAUGUUCAUCCUACAGCGGAUGUCAGGCUACUUGCAAACGAGGCUACACAUUCCCCAGUGGCGAGACACAGAUCUACUUUGUCUGUGACAACGGCAAAUGGAGAGUAAAAGGCUCAACAGACGACACGAUACCUCAGUGCAAACCCACUUGUAUUCCGCCGUGCCAACAUGGAGGAACGUGUGUCUCACCUAACACUUGUGAUUGUCCCGAGUCAUUCUCCGGUCCGUAUUGUCAGUACGAACACAAGCGAUGCCUCGGCUUCCCUCCCAUCCCCAACAACGCCAGACAAGUCUGCAACUCCGAGAGCUGUACUGUGACAUGUCUAGACAAGCAUCAGUUUCCAGAUGGAUCAGGCAUUGCCAAUGUGUUCUGCAAAGAAGGUACUUGGACGCCCGGCCGGCCCGACUGGUUGUCUAUACCUGACUGCAAACCUGUAUGCAUCCCAGAGUGUCAAAAUGGAGGCAGCUGCCUAGCAUUCAACAUGUGCAAUUGUCCCCAGCAGUUCAGAGGGCCUUACUGCCAGUACUCUGUGGAUGCUUGUGACUUCCGCAAGCUCAACUUUAACGGCAACUACAACUGCUCGGAGAGCGGAGGCAUGUACUCGUGCAGUCUCAGUUGUCCGGGAGGGAUGGACUUUGACACUCCCCCCUCCCCUCAGUACUCUUGUCUCUACAGUGAAGGCGUCUUCAGUCCAGCCUCGGUGCCUCAGUGUGUCUUCAGUGGUGAGCAAGAAAGCUCCAACCUAGAGCUGUUGUUUGCUCAUGGCAAGGGACACAUGAUCAGUGAGAUGGAUAUCAAGACCAAACACCGAGGUCGCAAGUUCAAGACCUCGGACCUCUCAGUUGGCUACUCUGACCUGGUCAAACAUCUGUUUGUGUUGGAGACUAAACCACCCACUCCUGGCACUUGUUUCUCCUGGGCUGGUUAUCACUAUAAAACCUUUGAUGGCAGAGUCAUUAGCUUCAAGAGUGGUUGCACUUACACAUUGGCCAGUGAUGUGGUGGACAACACCUUCCAGAUACAAACCACGGCCCACAACUGCUCAGCUACGUCUUGUACCCUCGGCAUCAACGUGUACGUCAACGACAAGAACUACCAGCUCGCACUUGACGAAGGAGGACUGCCAACAGUGAGGUACAACUCGCGUCAGUGGCCGGCUCCUAGUCAGUUGGCAGACCUGAGGACCGAGAUUGUUGGUUACUCUGUUGUGGCAACACUGCCGAAUCUUGGUGUGUCACUGCGUUGGAAUUUACAGGACAUGGUGGAGGUGAAAGUUUCGGAAGCUCUCUGGAAUCGAACCGGUGGUCUUUGUGGACGGAUGGACGGACACGCAACCAACGACCUUGAGACUGUGGAGGACAGUGUGAUGGCCUACGCGAAUAAGUGGCAAUCAGACUCUACUUCUGAAAGAUGCACAAUUCCAGUGGAGGAAGACGCGUGUUUAGAUUCAGCUUCUCAACAGAGCGCUCAUCAGUUCUGCAACAGGCUUAUGGUGGACAAACGCUUCGACGCUUGCAGAAAGAUUUUGCCCACCAGACAGUACUACGAAGCCUGCCGCUGGGACUUUUGCAGCUGUAAAGAUACAGAGCAGCAAACUUGUGGCUGCAGAUCCAUCAGCAUGUUCGUACGUGAUUGUCUGCAGAAAGGGGAGAAGUCAGUGGUCAAUUGGAGGGACGAGGAUAACUGUCCUGUCAAAUGCCAUGGUGGAAGAGUGUAUCAGGCUUGUGGUCCGACAGCUGUUGCUACCUGUAUCACUGAAGAGUCUGCGCUGGUGAGUGAGGCGUGUGAGGAAGGAUGUUUCUGUCCACAAGGCAUGAGGCUACACGAGGGGAGGUGUAUCCCGCGGGAACAGUGUCCCUGUUACCUCCGGGGCAAACCCUUCCCUUCCGGACACAAGGUCGCUAAGGGCUGCAACACAUGUGAGUGCGUCGGAGGUCAGUGGUCAUGUACGGAGGUGGAGUGUCAGGCGAGGUGUGCUGCCAUAGGAGAUCCUCACUACGUCACGUUCGACGGCCGCAGGUACAACUUCAUGGGCACGUGUUCCUACACACUGUUACAGACCAGCAACUACACUGUGGCCGCUGAGAACAUCGCUUGUGAUGGAAGCAUCUCGGAGAGUAUGGGUUUCUCAAUAGCUGCAGGAUCAUCGCCCUCGUGUACCAAGGCUGUAACUAUCUCUCUGGGAGAACAGGUGAUCAAGUUGAAGCAGAACAAAGAAGUGACCGUCAACAAUGAGGAUGUUGAGAGUCUCCCAGUCAGUGUCGGAGGAGCUUACAUCAGGAUUGCAUCAUCUUUGUUCUUACAAGUGGAGCUGUCUGAUGGUUUAGAAGUGUGGUGGGAUGGGCAAACUAGGGUUUACAUCACCGCUCCGCCCUCACUCAAGGGGAAAACCAAGGGCCUUUGUGGAACUUUCAAUGGGAACCAGAAAGAUGACUUUUUGACGCCCGAAGGCGACGUGGAGCAAGACGCUGUUGCUUUUGCCAACAAAUGGAAAACUCGAGAGGUUUGUGACAACAGCGAGGUCAGUGUCUCACAUCCGUGUGACAAACAUGUCGGGCGCCGUAAACUGGCCGAGAGUCACUGCGCAAACAUCACCAGCAGUUUGUUUGCAGACUGCCACUAUCUGGUGGAUCCUGCGCCGUUCUACGAGGACUGUCUGUUUGACGUCUGCUCUUGCAGCGGACCUACACCCCAGUGUCUGUGCCCCGUCAUGUCAGCCUACGCCAAGGAGUGCGGCUUCCAAGGGGCGACGAUCGACUGGAGGGACAAAGUCAAAGAAUGUGGUAUCCAGUGUCCGAGUGGUCAGCAGUACAAGGUAUGUGGCAGCACUUGUGAAAGGUCAUGUGGAGACCUGGACAGGCCUUGUCCCCACCAUUGGAGCUGUGUGGAAGGCUGCUACUGCCCCGCCGGCCUCACUCUCGGCCCUGCUGGGGACUGUGUGCCUGUAUCUACAUGCGCCUGUGUACAUCACGGUAUGGAGUAUCCCCCCGCUCACAAGGAAAUACGACCUGGCACUAAGGGACUGCAGUUCUGUGAGUGCAAAAACGGCAAGUGGCAGUGUUCGACUGCGUCUGCAGAACAGAUCCGAGACUAUCCGAACCAGUCGCUGGAGCUGAGGACUUCCUGCAGCGCCACGAGACAUCAGGAGUUUACACACUGUGAGCCUCCGGAGCCUGUCACAUGCAAGAACAUGCACGCACCACCGCAGUCUACCCCGGCUAUCUGCAGGUCUGGCUGUGUGUGUCGUAGAGGCUACGUUCUGGACUCUCUUACCAAGCAGUGUGUCAGACCAGCGCAGUGUCCGUGUCAUCACGGAGGACAGAGCUACUCGGACGGUACCAAGAUACAAGAGGACUGUAACACCUGCACGUGCGAGGGUGGUCAGUGGAUCUGUAGCCAGCGUCAGUGUCCCGGGGUGUGUCGAGCCUGGGGCGAUUCACACUUCCGCACGUUCGAUGACCGCAUAUUUGACUUCCAGGGAGCCUGUGACUACAUGUUGGCGAAGGGAUCUCUUUCUGACAGUGACUCGUUCAAUGUUGCUUUGGAGAUUGUUCCGUGUGGCUCGUCAGGAGUGAGUUGUUCCAAAUCAGUCACUCUCUCAGUCGGCUCGGGAGACAAACAUGAAACCGUUACCUUCAAGGCUGGCAAAAGUGUACCAUCUGUUAUAGGACUUAACAGGAUCACAGUGAGACAAGCAGGUUUGUUUGUUUUUGCCGAGGUGGCAGACCUGGGAAUAGUUCUACAAUGGGAUAAAGGAACAAGAGUCAUUCUGAAAGCAGAUCCCAAAUGGGAAGGAAGGCUGAAAGGUCUGUGUGGCAACUACAACGGAGAUGAGAAAGAUGACUUCCAGACUCCCUCUGGAGGGAUCAGUGAAGUGUCCGCUCAGCUGUUCGGGGACUCCUGGAGACUCCAGCCUUACUGUCCGGACGCUCAUCCUGUUGUUGAUACUUGCAAAUUGCAUCCAACUCGUAAGUCCUGGGCUGUUAAGAAAUGUGGAAUCCUCAAGUCUUCGUUGUUCCGUCCUUGUCACUCAGAAGUUCCAAUCGAGCCUUACCUUGACAGAUGUAUUUUUGACACGUGUGGCUGUGACCAGGGAGGAGACUGUGAAUGUUUGUGUACGGCCCUUGCUGCGUACGCUCACGAGUGUAAUGCUCACGGAGUCCACAUCAAGUGGCGGUCACAACAGCUGUGUCCUAUCCAGUGUGACGAGACAUGUUCAGAGUACAAGCCCUGUGUUCAGACCUGUCCUCUAGUCACCUGUGACAAUGUCUUGAUCUACAAGUCUCAGUCUGGUUUGUGUCAGGAGGACGUCUGUGUUGAAGGGUGUGAUGUGAAGCCUUGCCCAGAAGGUCAGGUCCACCACAACACCACAGACAUGACAUGUGUGCCCGUAGCAGAGUGUAAGCCUGUGUGUAUGACUGUGGACGGGAAACAAUACUUUGAGGGGGACUUCAUGGAGGGAGACGACUGUUACAGCUGCUUCUGUUCCCGUCACAAGAAGACAUGUUCGGGCCAGCCUUGCACCACGCCUCCCCCCACCACUCCCCCCACUGUCCCUGCGCUGGACCAGCCCGUGGCGUGUGUCCCAGGGUGGUCGGAGUGGAUGAGCAAUGAUCAACCAAUCCCGGGCAAGAAAGAGACCGAUGUAGAGCCUCUACCGUCACUGCAACAGUUCAAAUCGGUGGCCAGAAGUGUUAAAGGAGUCAAGAAGACUGUAAGCAGUGGUCAAUGUGGACUGGAGGCUAUGAGAGACAUAGAGUGUAGAGUGGUCGGCUCCAAGCAGCACUACAAGGACACUAUGCAGGAUGUGGAGUGUAGUCUGGAGAAUGGACUUGUCUGUCGCGGAGACUGUCACGACUACGAGAUCAGAGUGUUGUGUCAGUGCGGUCCAACAAGUACUUCUACAACAACUGUUACAACUACGACAACAACAACACAAAAAACAACAGAAGUGUUUACAACCCAGCCAACAACAACCACCUCUACUGUAGCUCCUACCACCAUUCAGAAAGAAGUGGAAUUGGUGACGUGUGACGUACUGACACCGCUGUCAGCUCACCCUGAAGACUGCCGCAGGUACUACCAGUGUGUAGAGACGGACCGAGGACUGGAGAAGAUGGAGCGAGAGUGUGCGCCGAUGUUGUGGUACAACCCGGAGACUAUGAAUUGUGAUUGGCCGGAGCAAGUGAAGCUGAUACGUCCCGAGUGUCAAGUGACAGAGUCCAAGCCUAAGUGCGAAGACUCGUGGAGUGAAUGGGUGAAUGUCUCCCAUCCUUCUAUCGAUGACGGAGACUUUGAAACCUUCAGCAAGAUAGCAGAGGCAGGUAUCACUCUGUGUCCUGGAUCCAACGGGUUCAUCAAAGAUAUCCAGUGCCAGUACAAGUCUGCUGUCUCUGCAAAAGUGGUCAGCAAAAAAGGAGGCAAGAAGUCAGUGAAGAAGGGCAAGUCCAGUCUGGUAGAGAAGGACUACCGAGAGUCCCCUGAUGUGGACGUUGUGUGUUCUCCUUCUACAGGACUGAGCUGUCUCAACUACAAACAAGAGGACGGACGAUGCGAGGACUAUAGUAUCAGAGUGCUUUGUGGCUGUGAAAGUAAAUCAGAAGAAACAAUUGUAGAACAGGGAAAAACUGAAGAACCUGUUACAAGCCCUAUAGGAGAAGGCUGCAGAAGUGAUGAACAAUGGAUUGACUGCAAUCUACAGUGCGAUCAGCUGUGUUUGUACUACGAACAUGUGAUGCUAGUGGAAGGGAAGUGCACCACUGGCCGGAAAUGUGUACCUGGAUGUUGGCCCCGAGGAUCAGUGUCGGGUUGUCCUGCUGGAUUCCGUUGGCGAGAGUGGGGCUCUUGCGUCAGAGUGGACGACUGUACUUGUAGGUCUUCUACUGGAGCUAUAGUAAAGCCUGGCGAAGUGAUCCAUGAGUCAGACUGUAAGGUUUGCAUCUGUGAGAAUAACCACUACACUUGUGACGACUCUGCCUGCCGUACAACCACGACAACCACAGAACAACCUACCACAACCACGACCACGGUUCCAACCACGUUGGUUGUACCGAGCACUGUUAGCCCACCACCACCAUGUGAUCAGGACAGGCUCACUCCACUGAUGUCCAAGGUGCCAGGAUCGGCUUUGAGUGCCUCGUCUAGCAUGUCAGGAUAUGAGCCGGACAAUGGGAGGCUGAAACUGGGAGGAGCCACAGCCGAAUGGGAGGAGACAGGAGGUUGGCAACCUACUGAGAGUAGGGAGGGAGAAUAUUUCCAGAUUGACCUGGGAGUGUUGGAACCAGUGUAUGGUGUGUGGACUGCUGGCAACAAGGAACAACACAUCACUAGCUACCAGAUACUGUACAGCUCAGAUAAUGUCAGUUACAGCUAUGUGUCUGUCUAUGGACUACCAGAGAUAUUCCGAGGAUCUCUGACAGGAGAACCCCUGCUGCAGAUGUUCUCUACUCCAGUCGAGGCUAGGUUUGUGCGAGUGUUACCUCAGUCCUGGACAGGCUCUAUUGUUAUGAAAGUAGAACUGCUUGGUUGUGGUGAACAGAUUAACACACAACCAACCACAGAACCAACCACAACCACCACGGUCGUUCCUACCACACUAGCUCCAGUGUGCACGGAUGAGAUGGGGUUGGACGCAGGUACACUGAGCCCCAGUCAGGUAUCAGUUUCCUCCGCCAAGCAGACCAACUUCAACACCAGAGAUGCUGCUCUGUCUGCUGAGCGGGGCUGGAUACCUCUUCUUAGCUCUCCCAGCGAGUGGAUACAGUUUGACCUGACAUCAGAGAGAGUGUUGACUGGAAUCAAGACACGAGGGUCCCCAGAGGCUGUGGAAGGCAUGUAUGAGCCUGUGUGGGUCACUUGUGGCCAGAGACCUCACAAGACUGACUUUGACCUGACAUCAGAGAGAGUGUUGACUGGAGUCAAGACAGGAGGGUACCCAGAAGCUUUGGAAGGCAUGUAUGAGCCUGUGUGGGUCACUUGUGGCCAGAGACCUCACAAGACUGACUUUGACCUGACAUCAGAGAGAGUGUUGACUGGAGUCAAGACAGGAGGGUACCCAGAAGCUUUGGAAGGCAUGUAUGAGCCUUUUGACCUGACAUCAGAGAGAGUGUUGACUGGAGUCAAGACACGAGGGUCCCCAGAGGCUGUGGAAGACAUGUAUGAGCCUGCGUGGGUCACUAGCUACAGAGUCACAUACAGCCACGACAGUGUCAACUGGAACGUCAUACUGUCUCCCGACGGAACUGAGAAGGUGUUCUUGGCCAACUACGACAGCGGUUCUAUUUACACCAACUACUUUGACAAGCCUCUCCAUGCACGAUACAUCAGAAUAUACCCCAACAGCUGGCACAACAUUCCUGCUCUCAGGGUUGAAAUACUCGGCUGCUUCUUGCCUUAUCCAACAGUGACAACAGUUGAGGUGCCAACCACGGCGGGGCCAGAGCCGCUGUGUAAUGUGUGUGAGGGAGCCCCGCCUGUCACACCUUGUCCCUGUACCUCGGACAGUUGGUGGGAUGGGGAACAAUGCACCAACAGAACACUGUGUCCUUGCUACGUGGGACAUAUACCAUACUCAGUUGGUGCCACUUACGACACAGAGGAUUGUGACCAAUGCAUCUGUAGCCUCAACGGACAAUCUCGCUGCUCCAAGAAAGUCUGCCCGUCUUGUCUUGAGGGUCUCCAAGCCGUGUUGACUACUACUUGUGGUUGCGUCUGCAAACCCUGUCCCGAGGAUACGAGACUCUGUCCUACGUCCAACGUUUGUAUCAACAGUACACUCUGGUGUGACGGCAUGGUGGACUGUCCUGAUGAUGAGGUUGACUGUACCACCACCACGGUCACUACAACUACUACAACAACUACUGCGAAACCUGUUACCAGGAAGAUAACUACACCUGCUCCAGUUGCCAGACUCAAGGAGUGUCCCAAAGUUGAGUGUCCAGAGGGAUUCGAGGUAGUCUUCACUUCAAGUCAAACAGAAGCAGAAUUCAUGGAGCCCCAGUGGUCAAAGUGGAGCUCAAUGUUUAAGGGAGUCAAAGGAGGGGUUAAAGGAGGGGUAAAAGGAGGCCGAAGACACCAAAAGCCCGUGAAAAUAAAAUCCAUCCUGAUCUGUCCGCAGUAUAAAUGUGUACCUUCUAAGCCAAAAGAGGAAAGUUGUCCUGUUCCAAAAUGUGCUGAGGACUAUGAUCUAAAGAUGCUGGAGGCAGUGGCAGACAAGUGCCCAGAGUACAGUUGUGAGCAGAGACAUGUGCCUGAAGGGAAAUGUAACAUCACUGGUCGUACCUUCGACACAUUCGACGGCACCGAGUACAAGUACGACAUCUGCGACCACACUUUGGCACAAGACAUGGUCAACAAGCAGUGGCAGAUUAAAUUGAAGAAGAUUUGCCCUUACGUGGGAUCUUGCUCUAAAGCUCUACUGAUUACCCAGCAGAAUCACAAACUUCAGUUCAAUGAAGAUCUAUCUAUAACCUACAAUGGAUACAACUACAGCGUACCCCAGAUGCAGAAAGUUGGAAGCCAGACUAGGGAGUUUGCUCUGAAGCAAGUCAGCAACAAGUUUAUCAUCUUUGGCAGCAUCUUGGACUUCACGGUUGUUUGGGACGUGCAAGGCAACGUCAAGAUAACGGUGCCGGGCAGUGCUAGAGGCCAGGUGGAUGGAUUGUGUGGUUACUUUGACGGACAAGCAGACAACGACCGACGUCGCCCGGACGGCAGCCUCGCACGUUCCACUCAGGAGUUCGGAGACAGUUGGGGAGACACCAGCUGUGAAACACACGUCUGUCCUCUGCAUGUACAGGACCAGGCUUGGCAGAUGUGCAGUGUCAUCAAGAAGGAGCCGCUGGCUCAGUGUGAAGGCGCCAUCUCUCUAGACAAGGCGGUCGCUCAGUGUGUAGAGUCAGUGUGUGCCUGUGAGGAGCGUAACACCUCCACCUCCGCCGCCUGCAGGUGUGAAGCUCUACUAGGGGUGGUCACUCAGUGUCAGGCGGCUCGGCCAGACGUACAGCUACAUCAGUGGCGUCUGCACCACGACUGUCCUGUGGAGUGUAGUGCCCCGCUGGUCUACCAGGAGUGUUACUCACGAGUGUGUGAGCCUAGCUGUGCUGACCUACUGACAGAGGACCCGUGCCCCGCUGUCCCCGCCCAGUGUUUCCCAGGCUGCUACUGCCCCGCUGGACUUGUCAGAGAAGGCAACCAGUGUGUCAAACCAGCUGAUUGCAGAGAUUGUGUUUGUGAUGGAUUUGGAAAGACAAGGUUUGUCACUUUCGAUCGUGUGGAUUUCACCUUCAACGGUAACUGCACCCACGUCCUAGCAAAGACAGUGGAUAACAGCCAAGCACCCAAGUUCAAGGUUCUGGUGACAAGUGGAGUAUGUGGAGAUGACUCGAGUGAGACUUGUGUCAAGAGUGUCACAGUUCUCUUCCAAGACCACACUGUAAUGCUGGGUGGCUCCAACACAAACCAGACGGCUCUAGUGGACGGCGCUAGUAUACGUCUGCCUGUAGAUCUAGGGUGGGCCGGGCUGGGUGUGACGGCCAGCAAAGACAUGACAUUGGCCAUCCCUGCGGCCGAGCUGGACAUUGUGUUCUACGGAGUUGACCUCGGCUUCUCACUAAGACUUCCUUCUCAUAUAUACAAGGGCAACACUCAAGGACUGUGUGGUAGUUGCAAUAACAAUCAAACAGAUGAUCUUACGACAAGUCUUGGUGAAAUCACUGAGGACGCAGACAAGUUUGGAAAGAGUUGGAGAGCAACGGAUCUCCCCUCAGUUCUAGGUAAGGAGGAGCAGUGCUCUGUUGUUGUCAACAACAAUACCUGCACUCUUCCCCCGCCGGAGAAUGAUUUCUGCCUUAAACUUAUGGAUGAAGCCAUCUUUGGAAGGUGUCAUGCUGUAGUAGACCCCUCGCCCUACGUAGAGUUGUGCCACCAGUCCUGGUGCCGCCAUAGUCUCGCAGGAUGCAAGGACCUGGAGCCCUACGCUAGAGAAUGUCAGACUGCUGGUGUCUGUGUGCCGUGGCGCUCCCACCAACUCUGCCCGUACCUCUGUCCUCCAGGUCUGGAGUACAAGGCUUGUGGUUUGGGCUGUGACAUCACCUGUGACACCGUGGAGUUGUUCACCAGAGAUCCUGCGGCUUGUACAAACCCUCCCUCCGAGUCCUGCGUCUGUCCUGACAACAAGGUGUGGAAGAACAACAGCUGUGUGGCCGUGUCAAAAUGUCAGCCAUGUGAUGUGGAAGGUCACUACCCUGGAGACACCUGGACGCCUGACAUCUGUACCACCUGCACUUGUCAGGUUGGCAACAGUGUCCAGUGCCAGCGCACACAAUGUCCUUCAAUGGUCACGGUGUGCGAGAGAGGGUUCAAGUCCAUCGUGGUGCAAGGAACAGAAGCUGAAUGCUGUCCCAAGUACAUCUGUGUUCCAGAGCCCAAGGAGCUGCUGGCUACAUGUCCUCCUCCUCAACAACCCGUCUGCGGCUACGGUCAAAUACUGAAGAUUGAGACUGGACCUAGUGGAUGUCAAGAGUUCAUCUGUCAGUGCCUGCCGAGUGAUGAGUGUCCCGACAUCAGCAGUCUGAUGGUGUUUACUGCCGAGGCUGGGAUGCACGCUGUCCUCAACAACUCAGGCUGCUGUCCUCGUAUAGACGAGGUGUGUCGUGUUGAGACCUGUCCGCCACCCCCCACCUGCCCCGCCUUCAUGGAGGUGGCCUCCAGAGAUGUGGAGCGGUGCUGCCCACAGUACAGAUGUGAACCACCAAAGGAAACGUGUUUAUAUGAGAUGGAGUUUAUCGAAGAUGUCGAAGGAGGUGAGAGGAAGAGGUCAGCAUCGGAAAAGUUUACUGUGGCCAAGAAAGAAGGAGAAGUAUGGGAGGACGGACCGUGUCGGACGUGCACGUGUGAGAGUCAUGGCUGGAGAGCCAAGUGUUCCGUGCAGCAAUGUCCAGCAGCUCCGGACACAGAGGACUUUGUCGUACAAGCUGUGCCGAGACCCAAGCACUGCUGUCCCGAGUACCAACGCACCGCUUGUCGCCACGGAGGAAAAGUCUAUAAGGAAGGUGAAGUGUUCCCAGUGUCCGAUGGAGAUCUGUGUAAGAAUAUCACUUGUCUGAGGACAGAAUCUGGAGACUUGACAUUGUACGAGACAGCUGAGAGUUGCAACAAGGCCUGCGCUAUGGGUUGGGAAUACACAGAGCCAGUGUUCUCCAAUCGCUGUUGCGGAGAGUGUCGUCCAGUCGCGUGUGUGGUCAACGGAACUCUUCACGCGAGAGGCAGUUCCUGGCAGAGCGGCGACAACUGUACGACCUUCACUUGCGACAUCACCGGGAAACAGGUCCAGGUGAUAACAUCGCAAGAGCAAUGUCCUGUGAUAGACUGUUCAGAAGAUAGACAAUACAAAGAUGGAUGUUGUAUCAGGUGCAACAUGACUGUUGGUGAAGCUAAAAGUUCAUGCAUGCCUGAGCCGGUGCCAUCCAAUGAGACGUUGAGGCUGGUCAGAGUGGUGCUGCCAUCUCACGGGAUCUGUGAGAACUACAACGCAAUCAACGGCUUUACCGAGUGUCAAGGCACUUGCGACUCUUAUACAUACUACAGCAGAGAGAGUGACAAGCAUGAGAGCCAGUGUAAGUGUUGUCAGGCUGUUCAGUAUGCUACCAUCAACGUUAACCUCAUGUGUGAAGAUGGCUUCUUCGCUGAAAAGGAGGUGUCAGUUCCUUCAAAGUGCAGCUGUGAAAGUUGUGGAGAAGCUACGAAGACUAAAGGAAAGCCAUCUAAAUAUGUUAAAGCCUGAUUAUUUGGUUGAAUUGUAAAUUAUUGUAAAUAAAAAACCCUAAAAUAU